GACGGAGGCUUAAAGAGACAACAGCGAAAUCAUAGCAACUUGAGGGGGGCAAGAGAAACGCAAUGAGGAAGACAGCAACACACGAAGAACCACGACUGCGACUGCGUUUCGAUAGCUGAGAGUUUAAGAUAUCCACCCAACAUCAAACCCAUCAGUUACCUGUCUUUCUCGUCGCUGAUUUCUUUGACUCUGGGUUGCCACGUCUGAUGCAGCCCUGCAACAUGGAGAGUGUUCACUGUGUCACUGAAGGCUGACCAGAAGGAAUGAGGAACUCCAGGAGAUGUUCCAAAGUGGCCUUGUGGAUGCAGUAGCUCGGUUUCGGAGUGCUUUUUUAUGACUAGUAUUGUAUGUGUGUCUGUGGGCACAUCCUACCACAACCUGCCUAUUCUUCAGGCAGGGACAUGCUACUCUGAGACUGGAGCUGGAAAAACUCAAGACCGGUGCCCCUCUAGUAAACAAGGAACACAAAGUAAAAAAGGGAAGCACUCAGAAGAUCCGUCGGAUGACACACGGGGCACUUGAGCUCAUUUAAGUGUCUUCUGAACCAUUGCACAUUUUAACAGCAACAUCUUUCCUCUGUCCUGUGAGAUUUUGUCUCCCUACCCCUCCCUAAAGUGCCCCCUGUCGUUGUUAUUGGAGUUUCUAUGGUUUGCAUGGCUGGAGAAUAACCGUGGAGAGGCCAGGGUAUCACAAGCUUAUGGAUUUUGAUAAGAGAGGGGGCAAGGGAGAGACAGAGGAAGGGAAAAAGAUGUCUAAGACAACAGGCAGCAGGACUGGACAUGGGGGCCGGAGUUCGGGGACCAAUUCUGGAGUUCUUAUGGUUGGCCCAAACUUCCGUGUGGGUAAAAAAAUUGGCUGCGGGAACUUUGGAGAGCUGCGGUUGGGAAAAAAUCUCUAUACUAACGAAUAUGUGGCCAUCAAAUUGGAACCUAUAAAGUCCAGGGCACCACAGCUCCAUUUGGAAUAUAGAUUUUACAAACAGUUGGGAAAUUCAGAGGGAAUCCCUCAGGUGUACUACUUUGGUCCAUGCGGGAAAUACAACGCCAUGGUGCUUGAGCUGCUUGGGCCGAGUCUAGAGGAUCUGUUUGACCUCUGUGACCGCACCUUCUCCCUCAAGACCGUCCUCAUGAUAGCCAUACAGCUGAUAACACGGAUGGAGUAUGUCCACACCAAGAGUCUGAUAUACAGAGACGUGAAGCCAGAAAACUUUCUGGUUGGGCGGCCAGGAAGCAAAAGGCAGCACACCAUCCACAUCAUUGACUUUGGUCUGGCCAAAGAGUACAUAGACCCCGAGACCAAAAAACACAUCCCCUACCGGGAGCACAAGAGUCUGACUGGGACGGCACGCUACAUGAGCAUCAACACACACUUGGGAAAGGAGCAAAGCAGAAGGGAUGAUUUGGAGGCACUGGGUCACAUGUUCAUGUACUUCCUCCGAGGUAGCCUCCCCUGGCAAGGCCUAAAGGCAGAUACUUUGAAGGAAAGGUAUCAGAAAAUUGGAGACACCAAACGAGCGACACCCAUUGAAGUGCUUUGUGAAAGCUUCCCUGAAGAGAUGGCCACCUAUCUGCGCUAUGUGAGGAGGCUGGACUUCUUUGAGAAGCCUGAUUAUGACUACUUGAGGAAGCUCUUCACUGAUCUGUUCGACAGGAACGGCUAUGUCUUUGACUAUGAAUAUGACUGGGUCGGCAAAUCACUUCCCACACCGAUAGGCCCCAUCCCCAGUGACACGCCCCUGCAGCCCAGCAGCAGAGACAAAGCACAACAGCAGACCAAAAACCAGGUGAUGAGCUCCACAAAUGGCGAGCUGAACACUGAUGAUCCCACAGCCGGACACUCCAACGCUCCCAUCACCGCUCCCACCGAGGUUGAAGUGGCUGACGAAACCAAGUGCUGUUGUUUCUUCAAAAGGAGAAAGAGGAAAGCCCUCCAGAGGCACAAGUGAAAGAAGAUAACUUGAAACAUUGUGGUCAUUGUCAAGUUUUAAAUGGAAGCAACUACACAGACCCACUGUCCCUUAUCUCUUUCCAGUUUCCCCCCCUCACCUCUUUAUCCCUCUCACUCUAUUCCCACUGUCACUCUGUACCUCACCCCCUUGCGCUCUCUCUCUCUCUCGUUCUCAGCGCUCCCCGGCUACUGGCGAAGUUAAAGGAAUGUUGCAGUUCUACUGACUCCACAACAGACUCUUGAUUCCUUAAUCUACAAAAAAUAUACGUAUCUGCAUUACAAUGGGGAGGCUUGAGAAAAAGUAAAAAAAGCUGUAUCAAUGAAACUCGAAUACCGUGGCGUGAAUAAGAAAAAAGAUACUGUUUGAAACAGCUGUGUAUUCUAGAUUCCAUAAGAACGUGUGUUGUUCCACCAGUCAGCUGUUGAUCGGGGGAAACCAGUCGAGUGGUUCAAGUGGAAGGAAUCUGCUCCUUGGGAUUUUUUUCCUUUUCUUCCUUUGGUGUGUGUUUUGGGAUCAAGGUAAAGAGGAAAAGGUGAACUAUGCUGAUGUUAAAUCUGAGCGACACAGGAAGCAUUUCAUCUAUAAAACAGAAUUUGGAGGAUUUUUAUGUUUUUUUUUUUUUUUUUUUUUUUCUUUCUUUCUUUUUUUUUUGUAAUUGAAUCCUCAGUUUUCGAAAUCAAAGCCCUGCAUUGAAAACUUAUUUUAUGUUUUAGUGUUCUGGAGUUCAAUUAUUUUCCUCACUCUGGCUUUCUUUUUGUCCGUCAAUGUGGACUUUGUAGCACAGUCACUGGCCUCAGGUACUGUGGAAGAUUGAGACAAACAGAUAUUAAGCUCUCUUAUUAUUAUUGCACUUUUUGGAAAAGAAAGAGAGAAAACAAUUACAGUGGAGAACUUUAGGUUUGAAAUUAAGGAUUAAGAAAACAUCUUAAUAAAGACUGAUCUAGGAAGAGUCCUUCACAACGCUUAUAUCUGAGUUAUGGCCGAAAAAAUGUUGUCGAUUUACAUGAAGAAAAAAAGAGAUAUGUCUUUCGAUUUUUAUUUCUCACAUCAAAAAUAAUUUACCAGGAAAUCAUAGUUUGUGCCUUUCUAAGUAAAAUGUUUAAAAGCUCAAGUGGGUGUCCCGCAAUGACAUUUUAUCUAAUCUGUCCCAAAUACUCACUGGAUUACUCUGUCUGAUGUUCUGUCUGUUUGUCUCGCUCUCUGUGUGUGUGUGUGUGUGUGUGUGUGUGUGUGUGUGUGUGUGUGUGUGUCUGUGUGUGUGUGUGUACGUAUGUAUUGUGUGUGCGUGCAAAUGUCGAGGUUUUUAUAAGUGAAUGUGUAUGCUUUCACAUAUAAGCAGUAAACAUCCCUUCCCUUCAUCUGCUGUGACAAUCGACACACACAUGUACAGUGGUGUUGUUUGGUUUGGAGAGAUCAGUACUGUGUGUGGGUCUGUGUGUGUUUGUAUGUUUGUGUGUAUAUGUGUGUGUGUGUGUGUGUGUGUGUAAGAGGUCUCGCAGAUAACCCAAAUCUGUCAGAACCAUUGUUUCGUUUUGUCAGGAGGUCACAGACAGACAUGCAGCUCAAUGAGGUUUACUUUUUAUGAGGUCCAUCAUGUCUAUGAAGUUAAUGGGCUGCUGUUUCUGAAAACAAAGGAGCCUUCCAAAAAGUCAAAGUGUAAUGAACUGGAAAAAAACAAUUGCCCUCUUUUGAGUUUCCUGCUGCUGCUAACAACUGUAGUUUUAUUUAGGGCUGCAACUAAUGAUUAUUUUCAUUAUCGAUUAAUCUGCUGACUAUUUUCUUGAUUAAUCUGUUGGACUUUAAAACAUCAGAAAACUGCAAAAAAGAAAAAGAAAAAUACUAUUAUCCUAGGUCCCACAUCAUCAAAUGUCUUGGUUUUUUCCCAACUAACAGUCCAAAAAACUAAAAUAUCCAAUGAACUAUAAUGUAAGGCUAAGAAAAGUAGAGAUUUUUUACAUUUCAAAAGCCUGGAAGCAUCAAUGUUUAGCAUUUUUGCUUAAAAAUGAGAUGAUUAAUUGAUUAAAAGAAUAGUUGCUGAUUGAUUUUCCUUUCAUUGACUAUAAUCGUUGCAGCUCUAGUUUCAUUUAUCUCUUUCGAAUGUUUCUUUUGUGUGUUCUUUGUUUCCUGGCCAAGAUGAAAGAUGUAUGUCUGGCUUGAUGCUCUGUCUGUGUUCAGGAUUGUCUAAAUUCCCCCUAAAGUUUCAAGCUCAUCAGAGAUUGCAACUUUUAUGGCCUUCAGUUAUUUAACGGAGUACUCCAGCGGUUGUAAUAUUGCGCUUGCUUUCAGGUGGCUGACUCACAAGAGGCAUUAAAUACAAACUGGUCUAAUUCAGAUAUAUAUAGAUAUCCUGACUAGUACGAGUCAGAUUCCCCAAAACACUGGAUCCUACAUUUCCCACAAUGCAACUGGAAAGUCUUUCAUUAGAUAUGUCCUGCCUCCUUAAUCCCCCUCUUUGAAACCCAACUUGCCCAGUUUGUUAAGAAGGCCUCCUGAUAAAAUUGUGCCUGGCCCAGGAGGAGGCAACCCUGAUGACGUCAUUAUGUCAUCAUAGUGUUUAUUUUUUAAGAAUAUAGAAAGCUCCACCCAGAGGUGAAUAGCUGAACUUCAUGUGUAAAAUCAGUGGCGUGUCCCAUUAAAAGAAAACACCACUUGAGCCUCAUGAUUAUAAUCCCUUCUAGUUUAACUUUAGAUCACUGACUGGUCAUUAAUGUCCCCACUGUGUGACGCCAAUGAUGACCAUGACCACCACGACAUGUGUCAAAAAUGGAGAAAGUGAAGUUUAGGUUGUUUUACACUUAAAGAUUACAAAAGGGCAAUACAAUAUUACAAGUGUAUAAAUCCACACUGAUGGAUUGAAAACAAACACUUGACAUCAAGAGGCCAGUUGAGAUGCUAUAUUUCAUUUCGGUGUCAAUUUUAACAAGAUUCACCCAAACACUUCUACUAUGGGAAAACAACAAAUUGAUUUUAAGCUAUGAGGGAGAGAUGAAUAUGUCUUUGUUUAAGCAUGAGUUAGAGGACUAAAGUGGGUUCCGUGGUUGAACCACUCAUGUGGAGAACAGAAAGAGGAACCAACUGUAUGUGGGAACUGUAGGCCUAUUGUAACUCCCGAGAUUUCAAAACCUCUAAUUAACCAUCUAAUUAAUACUGCACCGUAGGCGUGUACAUUGCAGAGCUGUUUAAUAACUCUAGAGACAAAACAAAUGCAGUUUGCUCAGAGGAUGACAGGGCGCAUUAAAUUAUUCUCUGCAAGCUAAACCGGUUCAGCUGACCCACCGUGGCAUAAUCCAUGACACCGCGUUUAUUAUAUGAUUUGAUAAUUAAGGAGAUUUCUUUUUUUUUUUUUUUUUUUUUUUUUUUUUUUUUUUGUGGAGAUGCCCAGACCAAGGUUGAACUGUGUUUUUUGCUCAACGUCUGUUAGUGUAACUAUUUGCAUUAUGUAUUUGUAAAUAUGACAACGACAGAUCUCUAAUUGUGAAUAA